AUGUCGGCUCCUGUCGGGCCGCGGGGCGGCCCUGCUCCUCCUCAGCCUCCUCCACCUCAGGCCCCGCAGUCGGAGAUGCCCGACCUCAGCCACCUCACGGAGGAAGAGAGGAAGAUCAUCCUGGCCGUCAUGGAGCGGCAGAAGAAGGAGGAAGAGAAGGAGCAGUCCGUGCUCAAGGUCAAAGAAGAACAAAAACCACAACCGACACAGUGGUUUCCCUUUAGUGGGAUCACUGAGCUGGUAAAUAACGUUCUUCAGCCACAGCAAAAACAACAAAAUGAAAAGGAGCCCCAGACGAAAUUGCAUCAACAAUUUGAAAUGUAUAAGGAGCAGGUGAAGAAGAUGGGUGAAGAAUCACAGCAGCAGCAGGAGCAGAAGAGUGAUGCCCCCACGUGUGGUAUCUGCCACAAAACAAAAUUUGCUGAUGGCUGUGGCCAUAACUGUUCAUAUUGCCAAACUAAAUUCUGUGCUCGUUGCGGAGGAAGAGUGUCUUUACGCUCAAAUAAGGUAAUGUGGGUAUGUAACUUGUGCCGAAAACAACAAGAAAUCCUCACAAAAUCAGGAGCCUGGUUCUACAACAGUGGAUCAAAUACACCACAGCAGCCUGAUCAAGAACGUAUUAGAGGGUUGCGGAACGAGGAAGCACCUCAGGAGAAAAAAGCAAAGCUGCAGGAACAGUCCCAGUACCAAGGACCCUCAGGUGACAUAUCCACACCAGCUUUGGACAAAAAUAGACCUCAAGUGCUCACAAGACAAGACUCAAUUAAAAAUGGUUCAGGGGUGAAGCACCAGGUUGCAAGUGACACAACUUCAGACAGGAAAAGAAGCCCAUCAGUAUCAAGAGAUCAGAACAGAAGAUACGACCAAAGGGACGAGAGAGACGAAUAUUCACAGUAUGCUACAUCAGACAGUGCAAUGCCAAGGUCACCAUCAGAUUAUACAGAUAGGCGAUCACAGCGUGGGUCUCAGCUGUACGAAGAACCUGAACUUGGUGACUACAGAGAUUCUAACAGAAGAAGUCGCAGACAUUCCAAAGAGUAUUCUGUAGAGGAAGAUGAGGUGCAGAACAGAGAGGAAUAUGAGAGGCAGAGGCGAGAAGAGGAGUACCAGGCACGAUACAGAAGUGAUCCUAAUUUGGCUCGUUAUCCUGUCAAACCACAACCAUAUGAGGAACAAAUGCGUAUCCAUGCUGAAGUAUCCCGAGCACGCCAUGAACGAAGACACAGUGAUGUCUCGUUGGCAAACACUGAACUGGAGGAGUCCCGGAUAUCUAUGCUGAGGAUGGAACGACCGUCAAGGCAAAGAUCUAUAUCUGAGCGCAGAGCUGCCAUGGAAAACCAACGUUCAUAUUCUGUGGAAAGAACUCGAGAGGCUCAGGGACCAAGUCCCAAUCGUCAGAGGACAACAAAUCAUAGCCCUCCAACACCUAGGAGGAGUCCAAUUCCUCUCGAUAGGCCAGACAUGAGGCGCACUGAUUCAUUAAGGAAACAGCACCAUUUGGAUCCCAGUUCUGCUGUACGGAAAACUAAACGUGAAAAAAUGGAAACCAUGUUAAGGAAUGAUUCACUCAGCUCAGAUCAAUCUGAGUCAGUCAGGCCUCCACCACCAAAGCCACACAAAACAAAAAAGGGAGGUAAAAUGCGUCAGGUUUCAUUGAGCAGCUCAGAAGAAGAAUUGGCUUCUACUCCAGAAUAUACGAGCUGUGAUGAUGUAGAGAUUGAAAGUGAAAGUGUUAGUGAAAAAGGGGACAGUCAAAGGGGAAAAAGAAAAACUAGUGAGCAGGCAGUUUUGUCGGAUUCUAACACCUUAUCUGAGAGACAAAAGAAAAUGGUGUGCUUUGGCUGCCACUCUUUGGAAGAGGACUUGGAAUGGUCUGAGCCUCAAGUUAAAGACUCUGGGGUAGAUACGUGUAGUAGCACAACUCUAAAUGAGGAGCAUAGCCAUAGCGAGAAGCAUCCUGUGACCUGGCAACCUUCCAAAGAUGGAGACCGUCUAAUUGGACGGAUUUUAUUAAAUAAACGACUAAAAGAUGGAAGCGUGCCUAGAGACUCGGGAGCACUGCUUGGACUGAAGGUCGUAGGAGGAAAGAUGACUGAAACUGGUCGGCUGUGUGCAUUUAUCACCAAAGUAAAAAAAGGAAGUUUAGCUGAUACAGUGGGACAUCUUAGACCAGGCGAUGAAGUGUUGGAAUGGAAUGGAAGGCUAUUGCAAGGAGCCACCUUUGAGGAGGUAUAUAACAUCAUUUUAGAAUCCAAGCCUGAGCCACAAGUGGAGCUUGUUGUUUCAAGGCCGAUUGGGGAUAUUCCCAGAAUACCUGACAGUACACAUGCACAACUGGAGUCCAGUUCUAGUUCAUUUGAAUCUCAAAAAAUGGACCGACCAUCUAUUUCAGUGACUUCUCCCAUGAGUCCUGGCAUGUUGAGGGAUGUUCCACAGUUCUUGUCUGGACAACUUUCAAGCCAAAGCCUUAGUAGAAGAACAACGCCUUUUGUUCCUAGGGUUCAGAUAAAGCUGUGGUAUGACAAGGUUGGUCAUCAGUUGAUAGUCACAAUAUUGGGAGCAAAGGAUCUUCCUUCAAGGGAAGAUGGGAGGCCAAGGAAUCCUUAUGUUAAAAUUUACUUUCUUCCAGACAGAAGUGAUAAAAACAAAAGAAGAACAAAAACAGUAAAGAAAACAUUGGAACCCAAAUGGAACCAAACAUUCAUUUAUUCUCCAGUUCAUCGGAGAGAAUUUCGAGAACGAAUGUUGGAGAUUACGCUUUGGGACCAAGCACGAGUUCGUGAGGAAGAAAGUGAAUUUUUAGGAGAGAUUCUUAUUGAGCUAGAGACAGCACUAUUAGACGAUGAACCUCACUGGUACAAACUUCAGACACAUGAUGUUUCCUCAUUGCCACUUCCCCAUCCCUCACCAUAUUUGCCACGCAGACAGCUACAUGGUGAAAGCCCUACACGGAGGUUACAAAAUAAAGGCUUAUAUUCAUAUAAUUCAGGGUCCAAAAGAAUCAGUGAUAGUGAAGUCUCUGACUAUGACUGUGAUGAUGGAAUUGGUGUAGUUUCAGAUUACCGACAUAAUGGAAGAGAUCUUCAGAGUUCAACGUUAUCAGUGCCAGAACAAGUGAUGUCAUCCAAUCACUGCUCUCGGUCAGGGUCCCCUCACCGUACAGAUAGUAUAGGACGGACUAGAUCUUGGUCUCCCAGUGUCCCUCCUCCACAAAGGAAUGUGGAACAGGGACCUCGAGGGACUCGAUCUACUGCUGCACAUUAUAAUACCAUGAACCGAAUGGAUAGACAUCGUGCAAUAGAUGACCACUACUCCCCAGACAGAGAGAGGAGGACUAGGCAGGAGAGAAGAGUGCCUAAUACAUAUUAUGACGACACUACCCAUACUCCUGAAAGGUGGUACAAUGGUGCAAGUUCAUGGGCAGAUCAUGUAGUCAAUGGUUCAGCUGAAAACUAUGGGAAUUGUGAAGCACCAGAUAGACAGCCAUAUCAAAGAUCCAGAUCAACAGAACAACGUCCUGUGCUAGAGCGGACCAACUCCCGCUCCCGAUCCACAGAGCGUCCUGACUCAAACCUCAUGAGGUCGAUGCCUUCAUUAAUGACUGGAAGAUCUGCCCCUCCUUCACCUGCCUUAUCGAGGUCACAUCCUCGAACUGGGUCUGUCCAAACAAGCCCAUCAAGUACUCCAGUAGCAGGACGAAGGGGCAGGCAGUUACCGCAGCUCCCACCAAAGGGGACAUUGGAAAGAAAAGGAGAUGAAGAAAACAAGCAUAUUGGAGAGCAGGGGUCAGAGGUUGAGGCAGGUGGUAUGGAUGUAGAAGAAAGAAAUCGUCAAAUGAAAAUAAGCAAGUACAAACAGGCAGCAGGAUCAGACUCCAGGCUGGAGCAAGAUUAUCAUUCUAAGUAUCGGUCAGGACGGGAUCCUCAGCGAGGCUCAGACAAUAUUUCCAAUAAGUCUUCAGACAGUGAUGUCAGUGAUGUGUCAGCUGUAUCAAGGACAAGCAGCGCUUCUCGUUUCAGCAGCACAAGCUACAUGUCUGUCCAAUCAGAACGACUGAGAGGGAACAAGAAAAUAAGUGUCUUUACAUCCAAAAUGCAAAGCAGACAGAUGGGCACCUCAGGAAAGAACAUGACUAAGAGCACCAGCAUCGGCGGGGACAUGUACACGCUAGAGAAGAAUGAUGGCAGCCAGUCUGACACAGCAGUGGGCACUGUGGGCACCAGUGGCAAAAAACGACGCUCCAGCAUCGGCGCAAAGAUGGUAGCGAUUGUGGGUCUGUCACGAAAAAGCCGCAGCACUUCUCAACUCAGCCAAACUGAAGCCGGUGGUAAGAAGCUGCGGAGCACUGUCCAAAGAAGCACAGAGACUGGGCUGGCUGUGGAAAUGAGAAACUGGAUGACACGUCAGGCCAGCCGGGAAUCUACAGAUGGCAGCAUGAACAGCUACAGUUCUGAGGGAAAUCUGAUUUUCCCAGGUGUGCGGUUGGCCUCUGACAGCCAGUUCAGUGAUUUUCUAGAUGGACUUGGCCCUGCCCAGCUAGUAGGACGCCAAACGCUGGCAACACCAUCUAUGGGUGAUAUCCAGGUUGGAAUGAUGGACAAAAAAGGACAGUUGGAGGUAGAAAUAAUACGAGCCCGUGGCCUUGUUGUAAAACCAGGUUCAAAGACACUGCCAGCACCAUAUGUAAAGGUGUAUCUAUUAGAAAAUGGAGCCUGCAUAGCCAAAAAGAAAACAAAGGUAGCAAGAAAAACGCUUGAACCUCUUUAUCAGCAACUUUUGUCAUUUGAAGACAGUCCCCAAGGAAAAGUUUUACAGAUAAUUGUUUGGGGAGACUAUGGACGUAUGGAUCACAAAUCUUUUAUGGGAGUGGCACAAAUACUUUUAGAUGAACUGGACUUGUCAAAUAUGGUGAUUGGAUGGUUCAAACUUUUCCCCCCUUCCUCCUUAGUAGAUCCAACUUUGGCUCCUCUGACUAGAAGAGCUUCCCAGUCAUCUCUUGAAAGUUCAACAGGACCUUCUUAUGCUCGCUCAUAG